AUGCAACACAACCGUGGAAAGCGUGACAAUGUCGUCGAUGAUGAAAUAUUAAAAUUAGCCGAGAAUGAAAUAAUACGCGCUCUUGACUUGGAAGAAUAUGAAAUAAAAGAUAAAAUUAUAAAUGAUUUGUUAGAAAAUGGUCGACAAUCAUUGUCUAAAUAUGAGGAAGACCUUCUACCAGAUAUCUAUGAAGCAGCAAUAAAUGAAAACGAUGGCAAACUGAUGAAAUCUCUGAAAAAAUACUUCGAACAACAAUGGAAAAUAAAAUAUGGUUCUUCAAAUCAGUGGUUUAUUUCAUUUUUAGAAGAAUAUAAAGAUGCCGUCAAUUAUGAUUCUGUUCUGAAGCGUACAGCUGAAUAUGGACAUAAAUACUUCAAAGAUUGCCCAAUCUUAUCAAUUGUUUUGCAACUUCUAUUUGAAGGCAUUGAUGACAAAUUUUUCGAUGAAACAAAUGCAUUCAAUGAUUCAUGGUGUGCAAUAACCAAUAAUGGUUUAAAAUCUGUAGAAAAUUUUUCUGAUAAUAAAAAGCGAUCGGUCUUAUUUCAAGCGUUACGUGAAUAUUAUCGUUCAAAAUUAUUUGAAUUAUUAGAAAAAAGUCAAGUCAAAGACAGAGACAAUUUGUAUGAAUUAGCGUUAGAUAAUGUUGCUGAAUAUGGUUCGUUACAAGGUUUACAAGCAGUUCAAAAGAGAAUAAUACCGAAACUUUUUAAAGCAUUACUAGAGAAUAUACCUGUAUCUAGCGAUACAUCUGGAAUGCAAGUUCAACCCAAAGUGGAAGCUUCAAAAUCCGUAAACGAUCAAUCAUAUGUCAUCGGUCAACGUACUCAGAUCUCAUGGAAAUUCAGUGGCAUUGAGAAACCGCGAGUGGCAUGGUUCUUCAAUGGACAACCACUUCCAAUCAACGAUCGCUUUGAAGUGAGUGAGAUUAAUGACGGAACAUCGAUCCUAUCGAUUCAUCAAGCUGAACUUGCCGAUCAAGGUGUCUAUACUGCUCGAGCAACCAAUGCUUUUGGUGAAGCUGAAGCUAAAACAACAUUGAACAUUGCUUGCAUCAAACCUGUCAUCAACGCUGAUCUCAAUGCUGCACUGCAAGCCACAAAAGGUGAAGCCAUGACACUCAAAAUCAGCGUCAGUAGAACACCGAAACCUGACAUUGUCUGGAUGAGAGACAACAAUAAACUCACAUCCAANAUCUUCAAAGAUUAG